AUGUCUAAGGAAGGCUCUGCUAGGGUUUCUAAGCAAGAAGAAGACUUGGUGCAGCAUAGCACCAAAAAAGUGAAAACGCGUGCCAGCGUUGAUCUUAAUCAACCAAGCGAGGACAUGGAAGUUACUGGUCCUUGUGAUGGAAAUAAGUCGGGAGCUUCCAAAAUCUCGUAUAAGGAUACGCUCCUCACCGUGGCAGGCUCUAUCAUUGAGGAUGAGCAUGUUGACAUGGAAGAGGUUAAUGAAGACAUAUCAGAUCCAGAGAAUAGAUGGUACCAAGAUGCGGAUAAAGAAACCCAUGAAGAGGAACCGUUCAAUCCUUGUCCCACCAUUCCUAUUUCGAAGGAAGAGUUCGACGAGUGGUGUAAACCAUGGAGAUCCGCACUCUAUGUCAAGCUUUUGGGCAAAAGAGUUGGCUUAGGAUUUAUGGAACAACGAUUAAAGAGAGACUGGGGUAAGAAAGGCUCUAUUAAUGUUAUUGAUAUGGAUCGUGAUUAUUUUUUGGUUCACUUUGCAGAUACGAAAGACUACUCUUAUGCUUUAAUGGAAGGACCUUGGAUGAUUGCCGGACACUAUCUCAUUGUGCAAAGAUGGCGACCUUUUUUCUUGGAAUCUGAGAAAGUAGUGAGGAAAAUUGCUGCCUGGAUUCAGAUACCAAACCUCCCUAUUGAGCUCUAUAACCAGAAAUUUCUAUGGAGAGUUGGGUCUACUAUUGGUCACAUGCUCAAAAUUGAUCGGUCAACCUCAAUCCAUUCUAGAGGACGCUUUGCUAGGAUUUGUGUCAAAAUUGAUCUUGCCAAAAAACUGGUCCCUAGGAUCUCGGUUCUUGGAUCAGAACUCUAUAUUGAAUAUGAAGGACUGCACCAAAUUUGCUUCUCUUGCGGCAAGUAUGGUCACAGGUCUGAUUUGUGCACUGAUGAGUGGCGGACGAAAUUGUGA